AUCAGUUGUGCAAGACAAGUGUGUUGUACCACAAUGAUCGUAGGACUGACUGCUUUGAUUCUUCUGACUGCAGAGUCUCUGAUUCAAACUGCAGAGAUUCCUCAUCUGAUCUCUUUGACUGUGGUUGAAGUUGGUGACAAUGUUACUUUUCACUGUACAGUCUCUGAAAAGGACAACUUUCAUUGGUAUAAACAGUCUCUUGGAGAAAUGGGCCAAUCAGUCGCUUCUGUACUCAACAAUCAAAUAACAGUCAAUGAUCGAUUCAAAGAGUCACGUUUCAACAUCACAAAAGAGCGUGCUCACUCUUCUCUCAUCAUCAGAAAUGUAAGCAAAGAGGAUGAAGCAACAUAUUUUUGUCAAAAAGGAGCAUCAUAUUUACCAACGUUCUUCAAUAGUACAUUCUUGGUUGUGAACGACAACAAGCAACAGAAAUCAGUCUUCGUGAAACAAAGUCCGGAGACAGCAUCAGUCCAGCUGGGAGACGCGCUGACUUUUCAGUGUUCACUGCUCUCCAAGAACACAACAAAAAACACAGAUCAGUGUCCAGGUGAACGCAGUGUGUACUGGUUCAGAGCUGGAUCAGGAGGAUUUCAUCCAGGUGUCAUUUACAUUCACGGGAACAGGAGUGAUGAACAAGAGGAGAGGAGCUGUGUCUACAGUCUGUCCAAAACUAUACAGGACUCUGAUACUGGGACUCACUACUGUGCUGUGGUCACAUGUGGACAGGUCCUGUUUGGAGAAGGAACAAAAGUGGACACAAAUUUUCUGAUUCAAAGAUCAGAGUUGGAGCCAGUUGUCUUUGCACUUGGAGCACUGUUGGCCUGCUGUGUGGCUGUGAUUGCUGUCCUUAUCUUCUACGUUAAAGGGAGGGGAGUUUGUGAACAUUGCAAAGGAGCAACAGGAACUUCUCACACUCUUGGACAUGACAAGACAACAGCGGACCAAGCAAAUGAUCUGGAUGGUAAAGCAGAGGCAGUGAACUAUGCAGCGCUGGAUUUCUCCACAGCAAAAAUGAAGAGAGGGAAUAAAAAGAGGAGAGAGUACAAACAGGAUUGUGUGUACUCUGUCGUUAGAUCAGAUUACCACAACCAGUAA